AUGUCUCAUCCACAAAUGCAUCCCAGCAAUAUACACAAGCAUCCUGGAAAUAUUGUCUGGGAAGUGAACCGAGUGCAGUGGCAGUUGAAAGAAGAAGUUGCUGCUGAAAAAACCUGUAAGCAAGCUGAGAAGGAUGCUCAUGCUGCAGCAGUAGAUAAAUCACAUACAACAAUUGCUGCGGCUGAAGAUGCUAUGGCCAUCCAGCAGAAGGCUCAGGUGAAGGGCCCUCCCAAACUUGUUCAGCCACACAUGGUCACCAGCAAAAAGAGCACCAAUCUGGCAAAUGUGGAUGCACAACCUGCAGUUAUAGUUCAAUCAACUGCAGCUCCUGAGGAUGACAGUCAGGCUAGUCAACCAGUAAAGAAGAAGGCAGGACAACUUGCAGAGUCUGAUGUGGAUCUUUAUGACAAACCUAAAGAGUACAGUGAGCUGGCACCAAAAUCAUAUAGGGGAAAGAACAUUGUGCAUGUAAAUGAGACACUGAAGUCCAGCUUGAGAGGCAAGAAGCACUCACUCCCAAAUGCAGAGUCUUCUGCAGAUGAACUUGAGGCCCUAAACACCACAGAAGAACUUGAGAUCCUCAAGGACCCAGAGGCUGCUGAAGAAUUUGAGAUGGUUGAGAACAGGGAGUCUGCUGAAGAGGGCAAUGAGAGUGAUACAGCAAUGAUGGUGGAUCUUGAUCAAUCCACCAUCAACACUCAGGCUAGUAUGUUAGUUGAUGUCUCAGAGCUGAAGACCACAACAAAACAGGGCAAGACCAAGGUCAAGGCCGAGGCCAAGACUGAGGUCAAGGCCAAGGUCAAGACCAAUGUUGUAGCCACGGAAAAGAUUCAUGCAAAGAUCAAGAAAGGAAAGGGGAAAAAUGAGGACUUACCCAGUGGAGUCUUCGAGAAUGGAUUAUGGUGCAUGAGGUUCCUUCUCUGUCUGAUGUUUUGGAUCAGUAACAGCAACUUUGGGUGGACCAUACCAGAAACCAAACUCAAGUCUGUUCUUGAGCAAAUAUAUUAUGCGGUGUAG